CAACUAUUGAAUCUCAAUUAGCCUUAUUCAAUUCUUUACCAAAUAAUCAAGAUAUUAUUGGUUUCAUUGAUAAUGAUAUACAUAAUAAUAAUAAUUCAUUAGAUAAUUCAAAUGAUAAUUAUAGAAAAGUUACUAAUUUAUGGCAAACUACAAACUAAUAAACGUUUAGAUGCUACAGAAGAAGGUCUUCAUCGAUGCAUAGAAUCUAUAAAAUCAAUAUCGUGCACAUAUCUCCUACGGCAACCUGCAUUCAAUGGUUUGCAUUCAAACAUGACCAAAGUGACAUUUUACGUCUCUGUUUUCCUCAGUUACAAUUCCUUUGUUAUAUAUACUUUACAAAUGUACACAGAAAAUGACUUUGAUACAAAUGCAAUUCUCUCCUCGUCAUUUUGUACGACAAUACUGAAUUAUGCUUGCCCACUAUUUAAUACUUCAAGAUUUCCAAUGGUGAUACAGCAUUGAUCUCAAUAUGAACAAAUCUUUAUACCAUAUCUCUUGUUAAUUCAAUUACCUUCCAAUUUGACGGAACCCUAAUAUCAUCGUUAAAUACACAGGUUAAAACAUUGCUUGUUAUUAUUGGAUCGAUGAUGUAUUAUUUUGGAAGAAACGAAAAUCAUCUCCCGUGAAGUUCGCUAAGUUUGUUGUGUUCCAAUGUCGUUGACUGAUAUCAUGUAUAUAGAAUGGUGUUCCGAUUCGACGAUAACUUCUGUUAGUAAUAUAAAGAUAUCCUGAAAUCUCAUGCGAGGAAGUGUUGCACGCCAGACAUGUCAUACAUCCUGUGUAACGAGAUCUCACUAUUCUCGUGUCUAUUAGAAGACUCUUAAUUGCUCGUAAUUGAAAAAUAACCGUAGACCAAAAAUGAACAUUACUUCAGUUACUUCUCAACAACGAAUUGU